CAUCACUUGUAACAGUCACUGCAAAUGUACUUAAGUAGCAGUAAUAUAUUUAGCAGGAAUGCAAAAGUAAAUGCAAAUCCAUCUGCUUCAUUUUCAAAAGGAAAUUUUGGAUUUUAAAAAACCCACUUCCUUCUGAAACAGCAAUCGCAGUAAUCAAUGGGACCUGUAUAUUUUCACAAAUGAUUUUCCUAAGAGAGGUUGGUUUUGUUUUCAAAUGAAUUCAAAUUCAAUGGUUGGGAACAAGAUAUGCGAGCCUGAAAACUAACAUCCAGGUUCGGGACAGACACAAAAAGCUGGAGUCGAUACCCUUCUUCAGUCCCGAAAUGUCACCCAUUCCUUCUCUCCAUAGAUGCUGUUUGUCCCGCUGAGUUACUCCAACUUUUUGUGUCUUUCUUCGGUUCAAACCAGCAUCUGUAGUUCCUACAAACAACUGUCUGGAGAAGGGUUUCGGCCCGAAACGUUGCCUUUUUCCUUCGCUCCAUAGAUGCUGCUGCACCCGCUGAGUUCCUCCAGCUUUUUUGUGUACCUUCUGUAGUUCCUACAUCAGGCUCAGGAGCAGCUUCUUCCCUACAGCCAUCAGGCUAUUAAAAUAAGCUCUGAACUACAUAGACUUGGGAGCAUUAAUUUUGUCUUUUUGCACCAUUGUUUUUUUAUGUGUGUAUGUAUAUUUAUUUCUACGCUGGAGGCAAGUAUUUUUGAGUAUGACUGUGGAGAGAGGAUUAUUUCUUCAACCUUGUCCAUUGGUCUAUUGAGUUGGAUCAUCUAUGGUAAUUGGACAGCCAGUUUACGUAAUUCAGGUUCAAAGUUAACACAGCAACUGCAGAUUUUUCAACACUAGUUAUCAACAGCAGUGGGACGCAGAAACUUCCUCUUAAUUUUGCGGAUCCGUUGAGCACUCAUUACACAGCCCCGGAUUUUGUUUUGUUCUUGACGCUCUCUUCGCCCCACCAGCCUGGACUGGGAUUGGAGGGGGAGAAGGAAACCAAGGCGAGACUUCGAUUCACUCGCAGCCGCGGGGAACCACGGCGACGGCAUGUUCAAGAGGUUGAGGGUCCGGAGCCCGUUGGUGAAGAGAAGCCCUGCUCCUGUCUGUGAGGAGCCGCCGGAGAACGUGUACCACCGACCCCACUUCCUGCACCAGAGCCCCGGGGAAACGAGCCAGAACUCGGAUCAAAUGACCAGACCCGUCUUAUUCCCUCCCAGGAACAAAAAUUUGCCCUGGUGUACGGGAUAUGCAGAGGUGAUAAACGCUGGCAAAAGUCUAUCCAAUGAGGAUCAAGCGACCUGUAGACCUGUCAUCCUUAAAAAAAGAACCAGCAUUGAUGAAGACUGGGUAUUUCUGUGCCAGAAUGAAGACAAGCAAACACAAGAGAUCAUGGCCACCUACUGGGGAUUGUUUGAUGGCCACGGUGGACCCACAGCUGCAAUCCAGGCAUCGAAACACUUGCACCACUGCAUCAAAGAUCAGCUGGAGGACAUCUUUGACAUCAUCGGCAACCCUACCGCCGCCUCGCCCCCGAUGCGUCUGGGAGAACAGAAUGGCAACGGGAGUCAGACCAGUUAUUCAAAGGAGAAAAAGAUCUGCGUGGAGAGCGUGGUGAAAGGAGCUUUGGAAAUUGCCUUCAAAAAAUGCGACGAGCAGAUCGGAGUCUACCUGGCAUCACAUAACCAAACCGGAGGGUGCACGGCCCUCGUUGUUCUUCACUUUCAGGGAAAGUUCUUUGUGGCCAGCGCUGGAGACAGUAGAGCAAUUGUGGUGCAGAAGAAUGAUGUUCUACCUCUUUCCAACGAGUUCACGGCUAUCACCGAGAGACAAAGGAUUCAACAUCUGGCAUUCCUGAAGCCCGAAUUACUUGGUGAAGAGUUUUCAAGAUACGAGUUUCCUCGCAGAGUGAAAAGAAAUGACGUUGGAAAGAAGAUCCUGUACAGGGAUUACUUCAUGUCUGGCUGGGGGUAUAAAACUGCAGAGGAAGAUGAUCUCAAAUAUCCUGUUGUGCAUGGAGAUGGUAGACAGACUCGAGUGAUGGGGACAAUCGCCGUCACACGUGGACUAGGAGACCAUAAGUUGAUGGUUCAUGACACUGAUCUCUGCAUAAAACCAUUUUUAUCUUGUAUUCCUGAGGUGACGGUCUUUGAUCUAGAACAAGAAGAGUUUGGACUGAACGAUGUCCUCAUAAUGGCUACUGAUGGACUAUGGGAUGUCAUGUCUAAUAAGGAUGUAGCAGAUGCCGUAAAGAAUUUUUUGGAAGACCAGAAACACGAGGCACGCAGGUACACAAUGCUGGCCCAGUAUCUUGUAGUUAAGGCAAGAGGCUUUCCAUUUAACAAUAACUGGACACUAGAAGAUGGCAGCUUUGCCUCAUAUGAUGACAUAUCAGUAUUUGUGAUACCACUGCAUAACCAAGGAGGCACAGCAUAACUUUUGACAUGAGAAGAUCUACAAGAUAUUCAACAUUGGAAAAAACACUGGAAAUCAGCAUGAGAAAAACUACCUCCUUGCCCCAGCAAGGCUGCCUAGAUUGUGCACUCAAUCAGGAUUGCACGGUGGCGCAGAGGUAGAGUUGCUGCCUUACAGCGAAUGCAGCGUGGAGACCCGGGUUCAACCCCGACUACGGGUGCCGUCUUGUAGUUUGUACAUUCUCCCUGUGGCCGCGUGGGUUUUCGCCGUUAUCUUCAGUUUGCUCCCACACUCCAAGGACGUACAGGGUUGUUGGUUAAUUGGCUUGGCAAAUGUAAAAAUUGUCCCUAGUGGGUGUAAAAUAGUGUUAAUAUGCAGGGAUCGCUGGUCGGCACAGACCCGGUGGGCCAAAGGGCCUGUUCCUGUGCUGUAUCUCGAAAACUAAAUUGCUUUCCCUCAUCAACAAUGAUUCGUAAGAAUUAACGCCAUGACUCAUCCAUUGUUUUUGCUGUCAAAAACAAAUGGUGCUGUUACUGUAAUGAGUUGAGUCGAAAACAUAUCAAGAUACACCACGUUUAUUAAAUCUACUUACAGCAAGGAUCUGCAGGACAUUACAUUUCCGAGCAACUACCGGAUACUAACUAGCGUAGGCAAGCUCUUGAAAAUAUAAAGCACAUACUGGGCGGAGUCACUACUAACAAGCACUAUAAUUGGCUAGUAUGAAAUAGAUACAUCUCAUGAGCUCUUGAUAACCAUUUUAAGUGUAGGUUUGGCAUGAGAAUCCAGUCGAUUGUCUUCCUAACUACAAUAUCAUGUGCGAUGCAAGUAUCAAAUAAGGGAUUUUUUUAAAUCAAAAAUUCAAAUUAUCAAAUGGCAUUAUUUUUUAACUAAUUGUUAAAUCUUGGUAUUAAGAGAAAGCAAUUUGAUAAUGUUUUUAGCCAUGGUUAGUUUAAGCCCUUGCUGAUGUCUGAACAGAGUGAAUGUGAGUUUGAAUUAUGGUAGUCAUACCAAGCUUACAAUUAUUAAUUACUGUGCAACAGCAGGUGAAUUCCAGAUUCACUCUGGAAUAGUCAGUAUAUGCAGGAAGCUGCUUCGAAUCUAGAUGUAAAUACAGUGGAAAGAUUUUAAUUCAUCUACACAUCACACCAGCUGAAAUUGCUGCCUACAUACCAACACCAUUUAUAACCAUAAUAUACAAGUGUUAUGUUUGAUCUUUUCCAGAGAUGACAUGUUGUAAUUUAUUGUACAAUUACAUUUUUUUUAAUUUUUGAGAGGUGGUAAGAGAGUAAUUUGUCUUUAGGAUGUUUGUUAAGACUUAAAUAUUUAACCAUCUGUCUGUCUGGUUGUUCUGCAUGGUUUUGAUGUGAGGUUUUGUCUUGCGCUACACCCAAGAAGCACCUUAAGAUGCACUUCUAUCAUUGGUUUGCAAGGCUGUGCUUUUGGUAGCAGAGCAGCUUAUUUUACCAGUAAAAGCCUCUGCUGUAAGACCAUGACAUAUAAGCAGAAUUAGGCCAUUUGGCCCAUUGAUUGAAGGGGAGGUGUUUGUGUCCAAAUUUAGCUCAAUAACAAAGAGUGAUUUUCACAUCAAAUGCAAACAGCCUUCCAGUCGCCAAGUCUGGCAGAACCAAGGUCCUUGGCUUUUCAUGGUAGAUACUGAUUUAAUCUUGAGGGGAACAAGGGGACAACUGUGCUGUGGACAUUGCAGAUUACCAGCACCUGUAGCCUAGACAACUGCAUCAAGAGUGAUGUCGUCAAGCUGGAAAGUGUGCAGAGAUUUGAGGAUGUUGCCAGGAGUCGAGGGCCUAAGCUGUAGGGAGAGGCUAGCAGGCUAGGAUGUCAUUCCUUGGAGUGCAGGAGGAUAAGGCAUAAUCUUAUAGGUGUACAAAAUCAAGCGAGGAAUAUAUUGAGUAAAAGCAGACAUUUUGCCUAGCGUUGGGGAAUCUAGGAAGGGUGGUAGGUGUAUGGAACGAGCUGCUGGAGUAGGAUGGAUAGGAUAAGUUUAGAGGGAAAUGGGCUAAAUGUUGGCAUGUGGGACUAAUGAUGGGGCAUGUUGGGUCACGUGGAGAGAAACAUGACAAUUAAUCUAGAGAAAUCCAAUGUAUUUAGGAGGUAAAACAAGGCAGUCUUACUCCCUAGCUUCUUCAAUAUGGCACAACUUCAGCAUACUUACCAACUUGUUGCAUUAAAACAGUACAUACCUUUUGUUGCCGUCUCUUAGAAGCAUGGCAUAAGUGAAAAUUAAGAUCACAGAUUUAAAAAAUAUUGAUUUCCUUAAAAUGAAAUUGUGUUACAGUCAUGGAAAGAUACAGUACUUUAGAUUUAGUUCACCAAUAUUUUACUAAUAGAUUUCUAAAUUCAACAUUGAUCGAUACAUUUAACACCACCUACCAAAACCAAGCCAAAUCAACAUCCUCAGUAGAAUUCUACUCGGGGAAUGGUAUGCAUUGUUGAAUAAAAAACUUGUAGAAAUCCUGUUGCAGAAUUAAAUAUUUGCAACUGCAGUUCCUAAGCAAGUGGAAAGCAUACAUGUUGCAAUUGAUUUUAAUACCUUAUGGUAUAUAAAGUUUAUGCACAGACCUUGGGAGAGAAAUUCUCCAUGUUUUAAAUGUACAACAAACAAUUUAAUAUGUAUCUUGAUAAAUGGAUUUAAAUGCAAGAUGAAAAUCUGGACAGAUAGCACUCGUACUGAUAAACUAAAUGUUUGCCAAGUUUAAUUUUACCAGUUACAGUGAAACAUCUGUCUUCUAUACAUCAGCAAUAUACAGCAUUAUACAGUUGUUUUAAUGCAACAGUCCCACACCAAAUGAAGACAAUUUCAGCAUAUUCAUCAAGUCACAAUAGUUGCUCAUUAAAACUUCCCUUACUUAUUAGCAAAGGCAUUUUCCUUUUCUUGAAACUCUUUUAAAGCACAUAGUCUUGGGAUCGACAGUAGAAAGUGACCCAAUUCAGUCAAGAACAAUAACUUGGCCAAAACACCAAAGGACGACGUGACUCCUACCAUUUCCUUACUGCAACUUGGGAAGACCAGGAUCCAUGCUGACAAUAAAUCUAUAUUCAACAGCACAAGCAUUGCGUGCUCAUACUCUACAAAACAAAUUUCAUUUGGAACUAAAAUAUUAACAGCAUGUAGGAAACUAAACUAAUAUACAAAAGAAACUCCUACAUAAGCUAUCAAAAUGUAAAGAUUUGGCUCUUACAAAAUGCCCCUUUGAGAUUUUGGCACAUUAAUUUCAUUGUAUUGUAGUGUAUUGGAAGAGCAUGCAGAAUAUAACACGUGUCAAAAUCAUCAUCCUGUGUUUCCAGACAGUACCAGGACCCAAAUGAGGCAGUACCUUUGGAUAUUGAAAUUUGCACAGCUCUGAUCACUAUUAUAUCAAUCAGUGAUAUGGAAGGGUGUUCUAAAAUAAUUCCUAAUCUAUGUAGGGAAUUAUGUUCAAUCAAUAUGAAUAACACCCAUUGAAGCCAUUUAUGAUACACCAGGUCAAAAGCAGAUGUCGUUUGCAAACUCGAGCAAAGCAUUGUAUCCUGCCGACGUCUAAAUUUGACAUAUCCCCUCCACCCCGGGAUUAGACCAGGAGAUAUUUUUCCACACAUCUUUACAUAUUCUACUCCUCCCUUGAUAUUGAUAUUAACAUCAAUUACAGCACUACUGAUGUAUUAUUUUUUAGAAUAUUUGAAUAGUGCAAGGAACUGCAGAUGCUGGAGCAAAAGGGGCUGUUAUCUUCUGGACGACAAUACAGUAGUGUUCCCUGACUGGGCAACACUGCGGAAUAGAUAAAGACAUUUUUCUGAAGAUAUUUUUUGUUUGGGCAUGGAGAAAAGAGGAGAGAUAUGGCGCGGGAGUGCGAUACAAGAAAUAGCUGUUUAACCAUAAGUAGUUAUACUUUACAUAUCACUGAAUAAAGAUCCAGUUUUCAAA